AUGUCUUGUGAGAUAAAAGAUCUUGAACAAAUUCCUGUUAUUGAUCUUUCCAGUCUGAAUCAUUGCCUCCAUGAUGAUGACACAGAAAGAGCUUAUGCUGAAGUGAGGAGAGCUUGUGAAGAUUGGGGCUGUUUUCUGGUUAAGAAUCAUGGCAUCAAGGAAAAACUUAUUCACCAGAUGGAUUCAGUUGCACGACAAAUCUUUACACUUCCGAGUGAGACCAAACAAAAACACAGUUCUGAGGGAUGGAAUAUUAGUUACAUGGCAGACUUAGCUGGGCUGCCCUUUUACGAGAGUAUCGGUGUGCCCGGAGCACCAGAUCCUACUGCAAUCAAGAAAUUUUCAGAUCAUCUUUGGCCUCAAGGAAACCCACAAAUCUGCAAAGUCAUAGAGGAUUAUACAUGUGGGGUUGAGGAGCUUACAAUCAAUAUCAUCAAAGCAAUUCUGAGGAGCUAUGGGGUAAGCAAGUAUUAUUCCUCAUUUCAGUUUGAAGGACACCUUCGUAUGAACUACUGUAACUCCUCUCCCAAUGAAAAAGGAGGUUGUACAACUCACACAGACCAAAAUUGUAUUGUGGUAAUGUACGAAGAUAACAUGGGGGGACUUGAGGUUAAAAGCAAGGCAGGGAAGUGGGUAGAUGUGAAGCCUCUGGAUAACUCUCUUAUGGUUUUCAUGGGCGAUUCAUUUACUGCAUGGAGUAAUGGGAGGAUUCACAAUGUAACACACAGAGUAGUAUUCGAAGGUUAUUCCCGUGUGUCAGUGCCAUUCUUUUAUUUCUUCUCAGACAAGACUCUCAUACAUGCGCCUCCUGAGUUGGUGGACAAUGAUCAUCCUCGCCUUUAUAAACCUUUUGUUUAUGCAGACUACAGAGACUACUGGCAGCCCAAAAAGCAGUUGAGAGUAAUGAGUCGGCAGAGUUUCUUAGCAGAGAGUGAAGAAACUUUCCUUGAAAACUUUGCAGGCAUUUCAAAAGCCUGA